CGUGCUCUGUUGUAGGGGCUGUCUUGGUCUCGGUGUUUCGUCUGAGCCUACUGCUUCCGGUGACUGGAGAAAGGUGGCGAAGCCUUUUCGUCGUCAAGGCGACGUUGCUGUUCAGGGCUUGAUAGUGUUGCAAGGAUGGUGAAUGUCUUAAAAGGAAUACUUAUAGAAUGUGACCCAGCAAUGAAGCAGUUCCUGCUGUACUUGGAUGAGUCCAAUGCCCUGGGGAAGAAGUUUAUCAUACAAGACUUGGAUGAAACACAUGUCUUUGUAUUAGCUGAGAUGGUUAACUGCCUUCAGGAGAAAGUGGGAGAGUUAAUGGACCAUUUCCCUAUUACACAGAAAUAG